UUAUAAAUAGGAGAUGAUUUUGUCAGAGUUAAGUGUUAGGAUAUAUCCAUAAGAGUACCUCUUGUUUAUUACCUGAAAUUGUUAUUUUACAAGUUUUUUUCUGAAUAAGUGUAACGUCGAUAGUUUUGAACAUGGUGAAUAGAUUCAUCAGUGGAAUUUUACUUCUGGGCGUUAUAUCCCUAUCCCUACAAGAAGACAUCAAUCUACCCGAUUUAGAUCCACAAGAUGCCCAACAGAUCAUCGAACAACAAGAUAACUCCUUGAAAUAUGCCCCAAAAAUAGAAUCCAAUGUUCCAGCUGUGAGAUAUCUUGGAAAUGAACCACACAAUGUAGUUGAAGACAUCUACUUGGCCAACCAGUAUCAUGGUCAAGAUGGUUUGGGCGGAUAUUUGUACGGAUAUUCAGUACCAGACAUUUCAAAAACGGAGAAGAAAAAAGCUGGUGGAGAUUUGAGAGGAGCUUACAACUACAUCGCAGGAAAUGGUCAGGAGAUAAAAGUUGAAUAUUGGGACGAUGGUACAGGUUUCCAUCAAAUAGACAACGUACCAAAGAACCUUCCAGAGGAUCUGCCUGCUGUUAAAGCCGAAAAGGAGCGGUUCCUGAAAAGAUGGCAGGAGGAAGCUGAGAGAAAUUCACGCCCUGUUGAAGAUCCCUACAACAGCGAAGGUCAGUACAAAGAAGGACCACUCUCACCUCAAGGACAGUUGCAACGACAACAACAAUUCGCAGCUCAAUUCGGAAAAUCAACAGCUUAUAAACAACCACAAGGAGCAGCAUCACAGCAGAGUGCCAUCUACCAGUCCAACUUGGAGAGGACUCAACCUUACAGCUCGAACUACCAACCUUACCAAGGAAAAGACCAACAGAACCAAGGUGCCUACAAAUCUGAAAAGUUGACCGCUCUCCCUAAAGGUCCUCAAGCAGCUACUGGAUAUGGCCAAACUAGUGGAGGGUAUGGAGCUCAACCUUCAGGGGGAUAUGGUUCCACUGGUGGAUAUGGAGCUCAACCUUCAGGAGGAUAUGGAGCUCAACCUUCAGGAGGAUAUGGUUCAACCUCAGGAGGUCAAUCGGGAUAUGGUGCGCAAAGACCAGUAGUUUCCUCAGGAUAUGGUGGACAGGGUAACUCUGGUUAUGGUGGUUCUACUGGAGGUUAUGGUACUCAGACCUCAGCACCAGCAUAUGGCAGUCCUAGUACUUCAGGAUAUGGCGGACAAUCCGGAUAUGGUAGUUCUGGAGGAUAUGGCAGCCAACCUUCAGGUGGACAAACAGGAUAUGGUGGUUCUGGGGGUUAUGGAAGUCAACCUUCAAGCAGCGGAUCUGCAUACGGUGGUCAAGGUGCUUCAGGUUAUGGAGCCAAGCCUUCAGGUAGUGGAUCUGCAUACGGUGGUCAAGGUGCUUCAGGUUAUGGAGCCAAGCCUUCAGGUAGUGGAUCUGGAUAUGGAGGACAAACUACUACAGGUUAUGGAGGUUCUGGGGGAUAUGGAGCCAGGCCAACAGGUGCUUAUGGAUUGGUUUCCGGAGGUUAUGUGGGACAGUCUAGCCAAAAUAUUAACAAAUACGCAGCAUUACAAUCUGCUCCAUAUGGACAAGGUUCUGAAACUCACAGUAAAUACAUUUCGAGCCAAGGAGAAGAAGAUGACGGCUCUUAUAAACCAGAAAAAGAUGAAGAACAAGGUCCACCCAGAGGUUUCUUCUACAAGUUCGAUUAUCCUGUUGGUAUUAUUGUUUCCAAGCAAGGCCCAGCACAAGGUGGUUACCAAGAUCAACAGAAAAAGCUUGGUUCAUACUGAAAAUUAUACGAAAUAAAUCCUGGGUUUUCCUAAAAAGUUUACAUUAUUGCAAACAGGAAAUAAAUUGAACGUUUUAUUUAUAAUUGUACAUAUCAUAUUUUCAUCGGUGUUCAUAAAUUAAGUACAGAUGAUUCCUAGUUAUUUAAACACAACAUUCUUGAUCUUAGUAAUUAAAUAAUAAAUAAAUACAUUAAAUUAUG